AUGGAUGGCGACGAACCCACGCAAGCGACGCAGAAUGUCCUCGACCCGCGCCGUAUCGGGAAGCAGAACUCGGGCUUCUCAGAUGAAGACAUUUCUGAUAUAAUAUGCGUCCUCUAUCCGCACUCGGAAUCGGCCCGCAUCGAACUUGAACGCCUUGUCAAGGAAGGCUCUCCCCAUAUUAUCGGUAAGGACGAAGCGGACGGCGUUGAGCCAGAUUAUGCCCUUGAAGACCAGGCUGGCCGAUUUAGCGCCAACACGGGAAGCAGCGGCAGCCAUGCUAUUAUCCUUCGGCUGUCGUCACAGCUCAAGAACCCCGCUGCUGGGUUUGUCUUUGGCCGCAACACGAUGCGAUGCGAUGUUGUAUUCGUAAACGAUCCCUUGAAGCGAGUCAGCAACAUACAUUUCCGAAUAUAUGUCAACGAGUAUGGCACUGUCAUGAUUGAGGAUCAGUCUACCAAUGGUACUAUAGUAGAUGACCACAUUCUUGCCUCGAAUCCUUCAGCCAAAAGAGAUGACCCGCCUAUAACAAAAUGGGUUCUCAGCUCUGGCUCCAUCAUCAAGGUGUAUCUCCACCAAGCGGAAAGAGAUUUGACUUUCCGAGUCAGGAUACCUCGGCGAGAUAAUGAGUACGACCAAGCGUAUACCGAAAAAGUCGAUGAUUUCUUUACUCGCCACGGAAUCAAGCGUUCAAAUGACACAAUCACUCCUGGACCUGGUGGACACGUUGAUCUCUUCAAGGUUCCAGCCCAGAACCAAUUUAAAAGAGAGGAGACGGACGAAAUUACCCAGCAAGCUUCUCGCAAACCACAAAAAAGGAGAGACGGCAACGGUAACAGAGAAUGGACGGGUUCUAAGAAGUACAACAGAAUUGGCACAAUCGGAAAGGGCGCUUUUGCGAUUGUUCACAGGGUCACGUCUAAGUACGACGGUUUACCCUACGCAGCCAAGGAGAUUGAGAAGCGUCGUUUUAUAAAAAACGGCGUGCUGGACCAAAAGGUUGAGAAUGAGAUGAAGAUCAUGCAGCGGGUUGAACAUCCUCAUAUCGUUCAGUAUAUGGAGCAUUUCGAAUGGGAUGACCGGCUACUUAUCAUCAUUAUGGAGUUUGUCCCUGGUGGUGAUUUGGGCAAACUUAUCUCGGACCACAAAGCUUUGACAGAGGAAAGUGUUCGAAUCAUGUCAAAGCAGCUCUUGAGUGCAUUAGGAUACCUACACGACAACAACAUCACUCAUCGCGACGUCAAACCAGACAAUAUUCUUAUCAACUCUCUUAAUCCUAUCGAUCUGAAACUUACCGACUUUGGCUUGUCGAAAAUGGUGGAUAGUGAACAGACUUUCUUACGAACGUUCUGUGGCACUUUACUCUAUUGUGCGCCGGAGGUGUACACAGAAUAUGCGGAGUAUGAUGAUAAUGGCGUACGUAGCCGGGGCAAGAAAAUGCGACGUCCUCCAGGUCAGAGAUACAACCAUGCUGUUGACAUCUGGUCUUUAGGCGGUGUAUUGUUCUACGCUCUGACUGCGUCGCCCCCUUAUCCAGUUAAGAGCGGCAUUAGCUAUUCUGAACUGUUGCACAAGAUCAUGACUACCCGGUUAGACACCUCGCCCCUGGAGAGAAACGGCUUAAAAGAGCCAGUGAUCGAAUUCCUUUGCAGAAUGCUUGAAAAGCGCCCAGAAUACCGAGCGACAGUUACAGAACUCGAACACCACCCUUGGUUUACUGGCGAAUCCUCGGUCAUCAGCGCCUCGCAAUCUUUUGACGAGAUCUCGGACGACGACAUGUAUGAUAACUUCUCUCAGUUACAGCCCCGCCACUACGAGGAAGACCGGGUUAGUGACUCCAUGGGUGAAGAGUCGGAAAAAGAAAUUACGGCAGGACUUCCAGACGCAAACAAACCCAGGCUUUUCGGAGAAGUUGGUGUUUCCGCCAUUGGCAGCUCUGGUGUAAUUCCAGGCGAAUACCUCAACCUCGAAGCGAGCAACGCUAGCACAGGUGAAACUGAGAUUCUUAAUCAAGAUGAGGACGAGGCUUACCAAUCAGACGAGGAUGCCACGCCUAGGGGUAGAAACCGCCGAGCAUACCGCCAAACGACUGCCUCUAUGGUUCAAAAACAGUCAGAAGAUCAGCUUCAAAGCCUUGUUGAGAAUGUGGCAUCCCAAAGCCUUGGUGGCGACGAACCUAGUAUGCAGUUUCUGGGGGCUUCUCAGUUCUCCUUGCAAUCAUCGGAUUUGAAUACUAGUAAACGCAAACCUCCUUCCCAAGACACCAGCGACGAGUUUGAGGAGAGCACACCACGCGGAAAACCCACUAUGAAAAGAUUAAAGUCGGAGGGCAAUCUUGAAGAGAUGACAAAAGAAGCACUUGAAGAGUAUCAACUACUGAUCCAGGUCCCUGUAGCCGGAAAACCAUCCUCGGGACGACAAAUUGACCAGCCUUUCAACAAAACAUGCUUCUGGGAACAGGACAAAAAGACCUGGCAUUUCAACUAUCCUGAAUUGACCCACCUCCAACACAAAGCCUUCGAGCAGGCGGCGAAGACAAGGGGUGAAACGUUUGCGCCCGGAAAGACCCCAUUAUGGGAUCUUGCAAUGAAGUAUUUCUCUCCAGUGUCAAAAGCUGGAACACAGAUCAGCGAAACUCGGCGAAGCUCCCGGACACCGCAGGGCACGACAGACGACGCCAUGGAGUUUCCACCUACCGCUGUCGCCUCGGAGGACUCACAAAUCCCUGAUACGUUGCCCACUUCCCAUACCCAGAUCGUCGUCCCUGUCCAAAAACCAGAACCCAACAAACAACUCGUUGGCGUCAUCGAGUCCCAUCCAGAGUCGUGCAUACCAGGCAUUACUAUCCCUAUUACCGACACUUUGGUUUCUUUUGGUCGUGGUCCUUCAAAUACAGAGCCGUUCAGCGACAUUUACGAAUCUCGGGUACCCAAGUAUGCUUUCAAAAUAUUGCUCUGGAAAGAUGAUGACACAUUCGACCCAUCAAAGAUGCCUUUUCCUUGGCUCCGAAAUGGGGAGGAUCCAAAUGCCUACAGCUUCUACGUCUCGACUAAAGCAUCUGUUGGCAUCAACAUCAACGGUUAUCAGCUUGCCUCAGCCGACGCUAAGAACCACGGCGGGCCUUCUCAUCACUGGACUCGUCUCUACAACGGUGAUACGUUGACAAUCUGGGGGUCUGGCGACCGCAGCAGUCAACAAACAAAGCUCAAUUUCCAAUGUCUCUGGGGUGCCUCUACCCAAGAGCGUGGCGAGAACAAGGCACUGGAACUCGCACAGAAACCAAUGGCCCAGAAGCUGGAUGCCGCAUGCCAGAAAACAGAGAAACGCAUCAAGGAUGCUGUAGAGAGAAAGAAGAAGGAAGAUGCAAUCAGUGCUGAUUUGCAAGAACGUGCGGAAAACAUAGACAGGGAACGAGCACGGAGCGAUGCUUUCGAAAUGAAACGACAAGAAGCCAUCGCGUAUUUCGAAUCAAGACAGAGCCCUCUGUCACGCAUGGCUGCGAUCACAAGUGCACCCCUAACAAGUCAUUUUCUUGGGAUUCCAUUGCCUCGCCCAAACCCCAGCCAGGAGAAUAGUUUUCAAAUUCAGUAA